AUGGCGGCGGGGGGGAAGCAGUGGACGAGAUGGCGGCGGAGGGAAAGCAGUGGACGAGAUGGCGGCGGAGGGAAAGCAGAGGACGAGAUGGCGGCGGAGGGAAAGCAGAGGACGAGAUGGCGGCGGAGGGAAAGCAGAGGACGAGAUGGCGGCGGGGGGGGGGAAGCAGUGGACGAGAUGGCGGCGGGGGGGGAAGCAGUGGACGAGAUGGCGGCGGGGGGGGAAGCAGUGGACGAGAUGGCGGCGGGGGGGAAGCAGUGGAAGAGAUGGCGGCGGGGGGGGAAGCAGUGCACAAGAUGGCGGCGGGGAGGGAAAGCAGUGGACGAGAUGGCGGCGGGGAGGGAAAGCAGUGGACGAGAUGGCGGCAGGGGGGGAAGCAGUGGACGAGAUGGCGGCGGGGGGGAAAGCAGUAGACGAGAUGGCAGCGGAGGGAAAGCAGUGGACGAGAUGGCGGCGGGGGGGGGAAGCAGUGGACGAGAUGGCGGCGGGGGGGAAGCAGUGGACGAGAUGGCGGCGGGGGGGAAGCAGUGGACGAGAUGGCGGCGGGGGGGAAGCAGUGGACGAGAUGGCGGCGGGGGGGAAGCAGUGGACGAGAUGGCGGGGUGUGGAGUUAAAGCACAUGUAAUUCUGAAUGUUUAA